AUGGAGAAGGAAGGAUUCCGCCGCGUGCUACGGUGGUUGCGAUCAAAUGAUAUCCCGAUUCAUUCGAUCGCAACCCACCGUAGCAGCAUGUACGGAAGCGAGAUAGCCUCCUUCAAUGAUGAAUUUGACGAAAGUGUCGAAUGGUUCUUUGACCCAUGGCACCUCGGAAGAUACCUGUAUAAGAACCUACGCGCGGCCGCAAAAGCGAGGGAUUGUGCGCCGAUCAAAGACUGGGUUGAAGACAUUGAAACCCAUCUAUACUAUUCCAUAGCGGAUGACAUUACUGGGACCCUUACAAGCUGCCUUCAUGAUCCGGAGAUAGCGGAUGAAGAGAGCGAGAAGCCGACGCUUGACGUCGGAAGUGUGGCUCACACGAAGUUGAAGCAAAUAGUUUUGCAGCCAGCGUUUCAGGAAGCUCUCGCACAGGCUAGUCCUUAG